AUGGAGUGGCGCGGGGAGCGCCGGGGCUGGCUCGAGGUGGGCCCCUACCCGCCUGGUCUCAAGGCCGGCACGGCGCGCGCGGCGGCGGGCACGCGCUGUGGGUAUUCGACGUCAAGUCCAAGAACUGGACCGUGGUGCGCCCUCCGCCGCAGUUCGCCGGCUUCGUCUUCUCCCUGGCCUCCGUCCGCGUGUGAUGAGAACCCUCCCCGGCGCCGCUCCCGACCAAGAAGACUACUACUACUACUAGCGAGUAUGUAUGCAUGUUCUUGA